UUGCAGCGCGGCUCGCGGGGUGCAGGAGGCGCCGGGCGCGCGUGGGCGAGCGGCCGCGGGAGGGAAGCGGCGCCGCGCCCUCGCCCCCCGGCCCCGCGGGCUGCCCGCGACCACCACGGCGAGUUGCAGCGGCCGCGCGGAGCCCGUGGCGGAUGGUGGGACUCUCCAGCCCUGCGCAGUCUGUCGGAGACAAUUUACAUUUAAAGAUUAGCAGAGGGAGAAAGAGAAAUCUGCCUUUUGUUGUCGGCCGAGCUGGAGGCAUCAGCGGCCUGGCCGCUAUCUCGCAUCACCUCUGCCACCCGGACGGGACUCACCGAGAUCGGACCGAGAAGCACUCCACAAUGCCAGACUCACCUGUGGAUGUGAAGACCCCAUCUCGGCUGACUCCACCCACCAUGCCGCCUCCGCCCACGACGCAAGGAGCUCCAAGAACCAGCUCAUUCACACCGACCACGUUAACCAAUGGCACCAGCCAUUCCCCCACAGCCCUGAAUGGCGCCCCCUCACCGCCCAACGGCUUCAGCAACGGGCCUUCCUCCUCGUCCUCCUCAUCUCUGGCCAAUCAACAGCUGCCCCCAGCCUGUGGCGCCAGACAGCUCAGCAAGCUGAAACGUUUCCUCACGACCCUGCAGCAGUUUGGCAACGACAUUUCACCGGAGAUAGGGGAACGAGUCCGCACCCUCGUCCUGGGGCUGGUGAACUCUACUUUGACAAUUGAAGAAUUUCAUUCCAAACUGCAAGAAGCUACUAACUUCCCACUGCGACCUUUUGUCAUCCCAUUUUUGAAGGCCAACCUGCCCCUGCUGCAGCGCGAGCUCCUGCACUGCGCCAGGCUGGCCAAGCAGAACCCUGCCCAGUACCUCGCCCAGCAUGAACAGCUGCUUCUGGAUGCCAGCACCACCUCACCUGUUGACUCCUCAGAGCUGCUUCUCGACGUGAACGAAAACGGGAAGAGGCGAACUCCAGACAGAACCAAAGAAAACGGCUUUGACAGAGAGCCUUUGCACUCAGAACAUCCAAGCAAGCGACCGUGCACUAUCAGCCCAGGCCAGCGGUACAGUCCAAAUAACGGCUUGUCCUACCAGCCCAACGGCCUGCCUCACCCCACCCCCCCUCCACCUCAGCAUUACCGUUUGGAUGAUAUGGCCAUUGCCCACCACUACAGGGACUCCUACCGACACCCCAGCCACAGAGACCUCAGGGACAGAAACAGACCUCUGGGGUUGCAUGGCACACGUCAAGAAGAAAUGAUUGAUCACAGACUGACAGACAGAGAAUGGGCAGAGGAAUGGAAACAUCUUGACCAUCUGUUGAACUGCAUCAUGGACAUGGUCGAGAAGACACGGCGAUCUCUCACUGUGUUGAGGCGAUGUCAGGAAGCGGACCGGGAGGAACUGAAUUACUGGAUCCGGCGGUACAGUGAUGCAGAGGACUUGAAAAAGGGCGGCGGCAGCAGCAGCAGCCACUCCAGACAGCAGAGUCCCGUCAACCCCGACCCCGUGGCACUAGACGCACAUCGGGAAUUCCUUCACAGGCCUGCUUCUGGAUAUGUGCCAGAGGAGAUCUGGAAGAAAGCUGAGGAGGCUGUCAACGAGGUGAAGCGCCAGGCGAUGACCGAGCUGCAGAAAGCCGUGUCCGAAGCCGAGCGGAAAGCCCACGACAUGAUCACGACCGAGCGCGCCAAGAUGGAACGCACGGUGGCCGAGGCCAAGCGGCAGGCGGCCGAGGACGCACUGGCCGUCAUCAAUCAGCAGGAGGACUCCAGCGAGAGUUGCUGGAACUGCGGCCGCAAAGCAAGUGAGACGUGCAGUGGGUGUAACACGGCCCGGUACUGUGGCUCGUUUUGCCAGCACAAAGACUGGGAGAAACACCACCACAUCUGUGGCCAGACCCUGCAGGCCCAACAGCAGGGGGACACGCCGGCGGUCAGCUCCUCGGUCACACCCAACAGUGGGGCCGGGAGCCCCAUGGACACACCACCAGCAGCCACCCCACGCUCCACCACCCCGGGCACCCCGUCCACCAUAGAGACCACCCCGCGCUAGAUGGGAGCUCAGAACUGGCGGAGGAAAAGACGCACGACCAACGCUCAUCCUCAGAGGCUCAAAGUUGUUUCUGUUUGUUUGUUUCUAGAUCCGAACUAUCCUAUUUCAGUCCUUCAGCGAGAGAGAACCUAACUGUAUCUUGAGGCGGUAGUCAAACUGGGCCAGUAACGGGUCGUAAUGACUGAUUGUGGAUAACAGAGAUAUCUUUUCCUUAGAGAACUGAAAAGAGAGCAGAGAAUAUAACAUGAAAUGAUAGAUUUGACCUCCUCCCUGUUAUGUUCCAGUAGCUGGGAUUUUAAACUAGAUGACCUCAUUAACCGAUGCUUUACCAAACAGCAAACCAAGAGAUUGCUAAUUGCUGUUGAAAGCAAAAAUGCUAAUAUUAAAAGUCACAAUGUUCUUUAUAUACAAUAAUGGAGAGAGAGAGAGAAAAAAAAAAGAGGAAACUCCUCCAGGGCAUGACCAUUGGCUACAGCAGUAGACAUUUUAACAAGAAGAUGAAUGGCGUCCGUGGGUUGCUAACUGAACUUCGAAGACCCGCCACAAAACGCGCAGAUGUGUAGCAUAUUGGAAGGAGACACAGAUGUUCGUUUUUUUUUCCUGUUUCUGAAAAGAAAUAAUAAUAUCCAGGUCAACAGAAUGAAAAAUGAAAGAUGAUUUGCAGUGGGAUGUAUGAAUACAGCAGCAAGAAAAAAAAAUGCUAAACACAGAAGGCUCCUUUAUAUAUAUAUAUAUACAUAUAUAUACAUAUAUAUGUAUACACACACACACGCACACACAUGCACACACACGCACACAGAAGUAAGAGACUCAGCCUGCAGUUAAUUAGCAUUCUGGCAGCCUUGCCACCAGCCAGCUGCCCUAAAUAACCCUUCAACGUUUCUUCACUUUUGCAAGGUUCCACAGAGUAAGACAUUGGGUCUAUUCCAGCUCAUUCAUUUUAUAUUGAAAAAUAAUUUUACAAAAAUUGGUGGCUCCAGCUCCAGCCCCUUUCCAAAUUUUUUCAACCCCACCCUGUUUGGAUUUUUAAUUACAAACUAGUAGUUCUCUUGGUGUUAAAACACUUCUGUCCUGUGAGGUUCCCCAAUGGUGUUUUUCUUGUAAAUGUGUUGGACAAAUGUGAAGAUGCAUUGUAGUUUAACCAUAUGCCCACAUUUAGUCUCCUUAUUCCUAGUUGGUGAGAAACCUGUAUCUUUCUAUGCUGCUUUUAUAUCUGUAUGUAAUAGUGAUAUUUCUCUAGUAGUUAAAAAAAAGGAAAAAAAAAAGAAAAAGAAGAAAAAAAAAGACUCUUUUGGUUGUCCUCAAGAAAAGAAAAGAAAAAAAGGCUAUCUUUCGGAGCUGCUAUUUCACUCUUCUAGGAUUUUUUUUCCUGAAAACCAGCAUGCUUCACGGAAUGCUAACAUUGGUGUUUUUGUAAGAGGGAUGUACAUAAAUGUAUUUUGCACUGUCACAAACACUCCCUAGGCAUGCUUUUUCUUUUCUUUUUUUCUUUUUCUUUUUUCCUUUUUUUUUUAUUUUGAGCAAACUUUUUAAAUAUGCUAGAGCCAUUUCACCAAGUUUAGCUGUAGCAUAGUGUAGUAGUGGAAUUUUUUUUUCUUUCUUUUUCUUUUUUUCUUUUUUUUUUGGUUUCAAAUCAUUAUUAGGGACUUUUUUAAAAAAAUUAAAUAACAAGAUAUCCUACUUAAAAAAAAAAGACAGUGCAUGCAUAUUGCUGUAAGGUUGUUUAAGUAUUUCUAAUUUUACAAAAGAAAAGAUAAUUCAUUAGAGCUCCAAACGGUGAGGUGUCGUCUGACAGCUUUAACUCUGCUGAAUGCCAGGUUAUACAGUAUUCUUACAAAAAGGGAAGUCAGCCAAAGACUGAUCUGAUGGACCAAAAUCGGAAUUUUGAAAAGCACCAGUAGUCCUUUCCGAGGAUCAGCAGGUUAAACGUGUUCAGCAAGGUAUAGUGUGAAUUCAUUAACCCUUCGUUGUCCAGGGUCCAGACCAGAACUACUUGUUAGUUUUGAAAACAGUAGCCCAGGAUGUGGUUGUGUGCUUUAGGAGGACUCGGCAAUGCUGCAGGCUGUGUAGACAGACAACCAAAGUUCCCGAUGCUGGGAAGACACUUCUCCACGUCUAGACACACCAGGCACUUAUUUUUAAAAUCUGAAAAAGAUCCAUUAGCUUUGUGGGGUUUUGUGGGAUUUUUUUUUUUGUUGUUGGUUGGUUCUUUGGAUUUUUUUUUUUUAUAAAUGUAGCCAGUUUUAAAUGGCUUUUAACUAUCUACUAAGAAGCAAUCUUAAAUUGGUUUGCUCUGUUGUCUCUAAAACUAAUUUUAGCUUCCCCCCCAUAUAUUUAUAUCAAGUUGUUUUAAUUUGGGGGUGGCAUUCGGUAUUGUUUUCUAAGAGACUUUUUCGUUUAGAACGUUCAGAUGAGCAAAUAAAUACCAUCUAGCUACAUGUUGGAUAUCAUCCGCCAGCACACCUGCGUACAGUGACGUGAAAGCACAUAGCCAGGCUCUGAAUGGGUUAUAUUUAUCAUGGUGCUCCCAGAAUCCUUUGACCUCACUCUGCUUUCUAGUCUGCAUGUGACACUGGACAGUCCUUUCUUACAGAGCUAUUAUAUGUUCUAGGCUACGAAGGGUUAAAUAAUCCCAAAAAUGAGGUAUGUCAUACCCACUCGUCUUUAUCUCUAGAAGCUGUGAUGUAUGUGAAACAGCACUGUUAUUCUUAACACUAGUGUGUAAAAUAAGGAUUAGUACAGUAUGUCUCAUUACUUUUAAUUCAGGGCACCCUGAGUGAAAACAAAUACAAAAAAAAAAAAUCCCUAACUCUGAGCUCUAUCUCUGAUUCCUCUUCCUGCUUCCCCUCUUCCUCCUCCUCUUCCUCUCCUGUUUUGCUACAUUCUCCUCAGUGGCAAAAAGUUUCACUCUACCUCUGACAGCAUGUAUAUUGCACCAGUAGCUAACAAAAACUGGUCUAGUCAAACCAAAUGGGCACAAAAGAACCAGGAUACCAAAAGUUAAGCUCAUACAGCUGCAAACCAUAUCACUUCUUGGUAACAAUGCAGACCUCAUAAACCUAAAGAAGAGAAAGAAAAGAAAAACUUUUGUUACCUUCCUUUUUUGCUUGUCACUUAUAUACAGGCUAUGUGAGAGUAUAAUUUGUAGGUAUAACACAUUAAAAAAAAAAGUUAUCUUCAUUGGAUAGAAUCGGUGGUCGCUGACAGGAACAGGGCGUCCGUCUCUAUCUCUUAUCUCUGUCUCUCACUCUUUUCUCUUUCUCUUUUUCUCUGUCAUGAGACUGUGUGUGACAGGGCCACCUGUCUUUUUAAGUUUUUUUUUCUUAACUUUUUUUUUUUAUGUGUAGGUGCAUGUCUUGGGGAUUUAAAAAUUUCAAGGCUGGUUUACUUAUGCAAAGCAUGCCUAUGUCUGGAAUACUUAGGGAAAGGAAGCGACUCCUUGUUGUCCGAAUUCCUCAAGGGACAGAAAAAAAAAAAUUGGAGACUGUUGAAAUGCAGAUUUGAAAUAAUUUUUUUUUUACCUAUUCUUUUUGGGUUCUGCGACAUUAUUGUGAAAAUUAAAGUUGUUGUGCAAUACUUAAUUCAGACAUGUACCACAAGUGAAUGGUAGACUAACACUGGGGGGGUGGGGGCUAGGCGUCCUGCUUUUGUCAGCAUACUCUUGAGCUUUCAAGUCUACUAUGUCUGAACUGUGGUUUCUUGUUUAUCCUUUUUUCCUUAGUUGGACUGUAAUGUAUGGUCUGUCAACCUGUGAAUCUUUAAAGUAUGAUUCAGGUAUUGUUGUAUUCUUUACUGUGUAAUAAAAAAAAGUUUAAAAAAAUUCUGUAUUCUCUGCCUCCCUUAUCCUCUGUGGGCCAGGGCCGCCCCCCCCCAUCCGCCC